CCACUUACCAGAUCAGAUUCAAACAUAUCGUCAUCGUCGGAGGCAGAGCCGUCUCGUCGGCGGCGGCGGAAAGCCGGUAUCCAGCCGGAAGCUACCGAUGCUAAAACCCCAGACGGCGUGGACAGCUUCCCUCCCUCUCUUCCUCCUUCGUCGCUGCUCGAGAUCCGCGCCCAACCCCUUUCCUCCCGGCGGCCGCCGGCUUCCCUGUCUCCCGGUUUGCAAGCGGCGGAUGAGCACGCAGGCGCACCCCAGGUUCGCCCCCCUCCCCACGGAGCAAUCUGAAUCCCAAACCGAUGCCGGGGCUGCAGGGUAUCAGUUCCGGCUGGUCUCCUACAACAUCUUGGCCCAGGUUUAUGUUAAGAGUACAUUUUUCCCGCAUUCUCCAUCUGCGUGCCUCAAGUGGAAAUCUCGAUCCAAAGCUGUUCUAACAGAACUCAAGAGUUUCGAUGCUGACCUCAUGUGUAUACAGGAGUUGGAUGAAUACGAUACCUUCUACAAGAAAAACAUGGAAAAUUCUGGAUAUUCAAGUAUUUACAUUCAGCGAUCUGGAGAUAAACGGGACGGCUGUGGUAUAUUCUAUAAACCAAAAAGUGCGGAACUGGUGCAGAAAGAAGGAAUACAUUACAAUGAUUUAGUGGAAAAAUAUGUUCAUAGUGAUCAUGUACAUAUUGCCCCGCCAAAUAAUUCUUCACUAGAAGAAGACACGAAUGCAAAGCCAGAUAAUAGCAAGCGUGGAGAUCCAAAUGAUCCACGCGUAAGAUUGAAGCGCGACUGUGUUGGUUUACUCGCAGCUUUCAAGCUCAGUGAUCCUUCUGAUCACAUUUUAAUCGUGGCGAAUACACAUAUUUAUUGGGACCCAGAAUGGAUUGAUGUAAAGUUGGCUCAGGCAAAGUAUCUUCUUUCGAGAGUCUCUCAGUUUGAGCAACUCAUCUCAAAUAAAUUUAAUUGUAAACCUUCAGUGAUCAUUGCUGGUGACUUCAAUUCAACCCCAUGUGACAAGGUAUACAAUUAUCUUGUAUCAGCCAACAUAGAAUCUACAGAUGAAGCUCCGAUCAAGUUACGCAGCCUUUAUGCUGCGAAUGGAGGGGAGCCAGAGUUUACAAACUACACUCCUGGUUUUACUGGAACACUGGACUACAUAUUCUUGUCGAACGGUAGUUCAAUAAAACCUACUAGCCUACUUUGUUUGCCGCGAGGGGAUUCUGCGGAUGUGCAAGGAGGCCUGCCCAACUUUCAACAUCCUAGUGAUCAUUUACCAAUUGGUGCUGAUUUUCUUGUAGUUAACAGAUAGUACACAGACCUGUUGCUUUUUGAACCGCAAUAGAAAGUGCCUUUGAAUAUUUGUUUUGUUUGCACAGUUCAGGCUUCAGAUUUAACGUGUAAUAUCUCAAGGCGCAUUUCCUUUUUUUUCCCCUUGUGGAGCCAAUAGCAAUUAAUAAUACCAAUUGUUAUUUUGUUAUUUAUAGUU